GUCUUGUUCGUCACUUCCCCUUGUGUGCGUCUGCGGGGCUGCUGUACUGUCUGGCUGGGACGGAGGGCUUCCAUGCUAAGCAGGCGACAUUAAACCCACUAAAGAGGCGUUUUUUUUCCUCCCUCCUGGAUACGGGAAUCACUCGUGGUCGUAUUUUAACGCUUGUGUCCACCGUCGUGCACCUCAGUGGACUUUAUUCCGUGGUCUGCUUGCUUCAGUAAACCACUGCAGCAGCAACUGACCAAGCACGCCGCCGCCGCUGUUGUUGUGAGAGAAGAAAACAAGCUCGGCGAGCAGUCAGCUAAAGCUGUGUGAUCAUUGACAGAGUUCAGUACACACAAGCUUCGAGUGAUAACUGGUGGGAGCUUUGUGCAGCGAAUCUCUGAGCCUUUUCAAGAAGCUGGGGAUAUAUUUUUUGUCUCACAAGUCGAGGUUUUACGUUAUAUAUAUAUAUAUUUUUUAUACUUGAGCCACCAUCAGGCACUUGACCAGUAAGAACAGUUUGCACAGUUUCCACCAGCUUGUCUGCGGCCCCCUCCCUACCCAGACAGUCUUCUGCCCCAGCAUGAAUGAAGUCAGUGUUGUGAGAGAGGGAUGGCUUCACAAGAGAGGUGAAUACAUUAAAACAUGGCGUCCUCGUUACUUCAUCUUGAAGAGCGACGGCUCCUUCAUCGGCUACAAAGAGAAGCCUGAGGUGUCCAGUGACCACAGCCUCCCACCGCUCAACAACUUCUCUGUCGCAGAAUGCCAGCUGAUGAAGACGGAGCGCCCCAAGCCCAAUACGUUUGUCAUUCGGUGUCUGCAGUGGACCUCUGUUAUCGAGCGGACCUUCCACGUAGACAGCAAUGAGGAGAGGGAGGAAUGGAUGCGAUCGAUCCAGGCAGUAGCAAAUAGCCUGAAGAGUCAGCAGCAGGACGAGGAACCCAUGGAGAUCAAAUUUGGCUCACCCAGUGACAGCAGCGGCACAGAGGAGAUGGAGAUUGCUGUGUCCAAAUCCCGCACAAAAGUGCAGACCAUGAGUGAUUUCGAUUACCUGAAGCUGCUGGGCAAGGGGACGUUUGGCAAGGUGAUCCUGGUGAAGGAAAAGGCCACAGGGAUGUACUAUGCCAUGAAAAUCCUCCGCAAAGAAGUCAUCAUUGCUAAAGAUGAGGUGGCACACACAGUUACAGAAAGCAGAGUUCUCCAGAAUACGCGGCAUCCCUUUCUGACGACACUAAAAUAUGCAUUUCAAACACAUGACCGGCUAUGCUUUGUAAUGGAAUACGCAAAUGGAGGAGAACUCUUCUUUCAUUUAUCCCGGGACAGAGUAUUCACAGAAGACAGGGCACGAUUCUAUGGUGCAGAAAUAGUGUCAGCACUGGAGUAUCUACACUCACGCAAUGUAGUUUACAGGGAUUUAAAGCUGGAGAACCUCAUGUUAGACAAGGAUGGCCACAUAAAGAUAACAGACUUUGGACUGUGUAAAGAGGGGAUCACAGACGGUGCCACUAUGAAAACCUUCUGUGGGACCCCAGAGUACUUGGCACCAGAGGUGCUGGAGGACAAUGACUAUGGGCGAGCAGUGGACUGGUGGGGACUGGGCGUGGUGAUGUAUGAGAUGAUGUGUGGUCGGUUGCCCUUCUACAACCAGGACCAUGAGCGUCUGUUUGAACUUAUCCUCAUGGAGGAGAUCCGCUUCCCCAAGAACCUGGCUCCUGAGGCCAAGGCCCUGCUGGCAGGCCUGCUUAAAAAGGAUCCCAAACAAAGGCUUGGAGGUGGACCAGACGAUGCCAAAGAAGUGAUGACCCACAAGUUCUUCACCUCCAUCAACUGGCAGGAUGUUACUGACAAAAAGCUUAUUCCUCCCUUCAAGCCCCAAGUAACAUCAGAGACAGACACGCGCUACUUUGACGAUGAGUUCACAGCACAAACUAUUACAAUAACUCCUCCAGACAAGUACGACAGUUUAGAUGCAGAGGAUUCAGAUCAGCGUACACACUUCCCUCAGUUCUCCUACUCCGCGAGCAUACGGGAAUGAUCACUCAGAAUCUUGAACAAGCAGGCAGGCUGACACACGAUCACAAUCCCACAUACACACUCGCACUGCUGGGGAAUUUUCGAACGACACAAACAAAAAAAAGUGGCACAAGACACAUUUUCAUUCUGUCUUUAACGCACACGCACACAUAUACUGGCAAAUCAGACAAGACACGGAUCGUAGAGUAGGAAAUGAACACACAGACCAUGAAUGACUGACCUCAGCAGGUUUUGUGUGGAUAGACUGGCAGCUUUGUCUCUGUACGUCCUCUCAGGGUUGGCAUUAGGCUUCCCUGCAGGACCUUUGCUGCACUACACUGGGCACCACAUCAAAGCCUUGACACUUUGAAAAACCAGGUUAUGCCAGCAAGUACCACCUCUUUACCAGCUGUACCCAUGCUUCACACACGCUAACACACACACACACACACACACACACACACACACACACACACACACACACACACACACACACACACACACACACACACACACACACACACACAUCCACCAACCAAACCCACGCAUAGACUGCAUAAUUAUACAUAAACACACUUGAUCGAUUUUCAAAAAGUAUAAUCAAAAUUAGGAAACAGGAAAUGAUUUGGAAAGGAAACGACAAAUUUUGAUUUCAUCAGUUGUUACGGUUUUAAAUGUAAAGCCAUAUUUCUGCAUUUUUUUUGUGAUUUCUUUUUUUUUUAUUUUUUUUUAACAAGUGCUCUUUCUGGAACUUGCUGUUACAAAUCAAAUGUGGGGCUUUUCCUACAGUAGGGGGAAAUGAGGACGAGGGGGGCGGGCGAGGAGGGUUGCCAUUACUGUGUUUGCACUGCACGGGUGUAUAUGCGAAUGGGUGAGCGGAUGUGUGAAUGUGUGCGCAGAGUGCAGGAGAACGUCUGGACGACCGUUUUGAUUCUCAGCCAUCCAUUUGUGUCUGUUUUUAUCCACGUUUUCAAACUCUGAACAUUUGCUGGAAUAUCGACACAAGAGGACACUACACAGCACACUCAAUGGGCUUUUUCUUAAAGGGAACAGGCAUUUAAUUUAUGAUUGCUGUGACCAGCUUGCCGUAAAGUGGACUUUGUCAGGAUUAGAAACUGGGAUCUCAUGCGUGGCUAACCUUUGCUUGUAAAGCUGCAUUAAUCUAACUUGAAGUGAUGCAACAGUCAGGCUCGUAGAGUCCAGGUUGCUGUGUCCAAAGAGACAGACCAACUAGUAGCUGGUUGGAAGUGUAAGUGAGUUUUCAUCAAGGCCAGUCGCACCAUGUGUUAAAGACAGUAAGAACAGAAGGAAAGAGGAGAACAGAGACGAGGCAUAUGACCACAGUUUUCCCCAACCUGUCUAGAGAGAGACCAACAAAGCUGCACGCAGUCCUCAGCCCAGAAAUUCUUACUCCCUAGCUGAAGAGUGGGCACCGAUCUUUUGUUCAUUUUCUAUUUGUAAUAUAAGUUUAAAGUUUUUUGAAACAUUUCUAAAAUAUCCUUCUGAAUGUCCCCAUAUUUAAAGAUUGAGUUCAAUCGUUGGUAGGAGGCCAAAAAUUGACUGACUUGUUGGACGUUUAACACUUGAUAUGAUUCCACAUUUCAUGUUUUGAGUCUUUGGUUUGUGUGUUCUUUUAUGCUGUGUCGAAGCAUUUAAAUCUGUGUAGUUCUAUGUCUGGAGCAACAGUCUGCAGGUUUACAGUCCAACUAAAUGCUGCAAGAGCUGUUUGACCAGCCGUCAGCCUGCAGAAAGGAGGAACCAAUCAAAACACCGCCUGUAUCAUUAAGUUGAAAUGAAAACCUGCAUACUUUGAGUCAUGAUGGCACAUGAUUGAGAGAAGCCCUGGACAGCAUAUUGAGAAGUGCUCGUAUUGACACAGGCAUAUUAUAUCCCAUAAUGCUGGAAGAGAUGCUGGUUUGCUCUUUGAGCUUCACUAAAGGAACAUCAAAACCAUCUUGUAUGUCAUUGUUUUGUUUUUGUUUGUUGAUUUUUCUCCUUUUUUUGUCCAUCUAUUUCACAAAUUUUGGAAGACACAUUGUCUUGAUUAAGUAUACAUUAUAUAAAAUAUAUAUAUUAAAAGUUUUUUUGAACUACUUUCUUUUAAGUUCUUCAUUUCAUGGGGAUUCCAUUAGAGGAUUGCUUAUUUAGCCGAGAUUGCAACUAAUGUGACUUUGAAUAGGCCGUAAAUUUCAGCUCUGCAUUAUCACACUAUCUGUUAUGCAUUGAAAUACUGUCAUUAAAGAAAACAGUCAACUAUGUUUGUCCCAAAACCUCAUGCUUAAAAUGUAUUUUUAAAAACAGAUUGAAGUUGAGAUUGUGUAAAAGUGGUUUGGCUGCUAUUUUCCAGGUCAUAUUUCACUCAAGUGGGUUCAGAGCUAUCCUUGGUGUGUUCUGUAAUAUUGAGAAAAAUCAAACAGUUUAUUACUUUUCCCCACCAUUCUCUGCAGAGCACAGAUUAACGGCAUUUAAAGGGUUUUGCCAUUACAUUCAUCAGCAUUCUCUGGGAUAUCCCUCGUCUGUCACCCUAAUUUGCUUUAAUUUUAAGUUUGUGUGAGUGACAGAGCGCCUGUGAGAUGUUUGAGUGUGAUACAGACACAGAAAGCAGGUUUGUGACUUUCAGCAUUGAGAACGUGACGGCCCCAGUUCCUGCAGAUGAUGAUGUGAUCAAAUGGCUUUGAUUUACAGUUCACAACUCCAGCACCUCUUCUCACUGGCUCAGGCACAGCCAUCAUACUCUAGCCUAGUGUCCUGCUUUGGAAACGGCAGGGCCGGAUAUCAGAACCAUUGCACUGAUGGACUCCACUGUGGAUUUGCCUUCAUUGCUAUCAUGGCCAUAAGGGGGUGCUGCUGGACUUUUUUGAUAUUGGUUGUGAAGCCAUACACUGAACCUUGCUGCUGGCCACGCUUUAAGCAAUGCUUCACAGCUAAACAUGCAAGUUAAUACCCCUGACCUCUCCUGUAGGCAUACACAGGCACAAUAAGUGCCUCUUCAUUAUUGUGUAAAUACCAAAAAAAGCUUGGUGAAUGCAGCAUUAGUAGAAGGGGAGGCCUGCAGCUUCGUAGUAUUUGAUUUGCAGCUUUACUAUGGUUACCUUGCUUCUCUGUAUAUUUGAAUGUGAACAACAGUCAGGAAUGUCACACCUGAGGCUGGUGUAACAGAAGUUUUUUUUUGUUUUUUUUUGUUUUUUUUGCUUGUUGCUGUUAGUUGAGGCUCAGAGGGCAAUGAAAAAAAAGCAAUCUUUUAAGGGGAGGACAUUGUCCUGGUAGACAUUUCCAGCCCCCCUUUGCAAGACUUUACAAUGUAACGGGUGAUACCUGCUACAGUAUGGUAGCUUAUAACAUUUGCAACUAUAAUGUGCCAGUAAACAUUUUUACUGAAUAA